CUGUGGAAAGGUUUUAGUCCAUCUUGCAAACGCUUCUUUAGGCAAGUCAUUCAGCUAAAGGCAGCAGAAGUAAUGCUGUGAAUUAUUCCAGUGGAGAAGAGUUGUCUUGUGCCUUCUGUUAAGACUGCCUGAGAAAAGCACCUACGGAGGAGGAUCACUGAAAAAGUAUCUAGGAUCUGUGUUUUAUUCUACCUUUAAUUUAUAAAUCAGGCCAGCAACACAGUAAGUACAAAUCAAAACAAUCACGUUGUCACUACAUGGCUCUGGAGUCUCCUGGCAGUGACACCAUGCACUAUCCGACAGCGUGAAGGGGAACCGAGACACCUGGCACCAGGUCUGUGAUACCCUUUCUGAGACACUGGGAUCCAAACUGCACACAGCAGUAGGUAAAGACAAGAGACUGGGUAAAAGGAGAAGACGCUUGGCAGUUUGGCACCAAGACUAAUGAAGCCGAUAGCCUUCUCCACUUUCUCUUUUUGGCCAUCUCUCUUUUUGGCUGGCUUCCUUGGCAUACACAUUGCUGACAGUUUCUUGAGAAGUCAGAAGAACCAUACGCUAAUUUUCACCAAGGAAAGCAUAAUUCGGAACUGCAGCUGCUUGGCGGAUAUCCGUGACUGUGAUUACAACCUGGCAAACUUGAUGUGCAACUGCAGAACGGUGCUGCCUUCUACCAUGGAAAAAACUAACUACAAUAGUGACCUGACCAUUUGGUUCACAGACACCUCCGUGCUGGAGAUGCUCCUCAACUUCACAAGGGUGUGUGACUUGAAGCUCUCCUUCUGUGGCACUGCUCCUCUCCCGACAGAAUACUUGACCAUUUGGGGACUGCGAAAGCUCCGGGUGAAAAACAAGGUCAAGGGACAAUUUCCAGAGCAGAGUGUAACCAUCUCCAGUAGCAGCAACCAUGAAAAAGAGGACUUCCUUGCGAUGCACAACAAAGACAGGCAAAUGUUAGUAUACAUUUCUUUCCUGGAUACCUCUCUUUUCAAUGGAUACUCUUUGCUGAAGUCGUACAGCGUGGAAAAUGUCUCUAGUAUCACAGAGCAUUUUCCCAGCCUGCUGUACUCUGAUGUUUUCUCAACCUCAGACAACAAGAGCUAUGUUGUAACGUUCAUUUACUGAGUUUUUUUUUGACACAAUCAGUAGCCACAGGCAUGGCAAAACUCUAAGAGAGAGAUGGGACUUCUCUUUGCUUUGGCCAGAAGGAGCCAUUAUGGGAUGGGCAGUUUUGACUGUGUACUCUACAAGGAGGAAUUUAAAGUAAGACAGACUCAUCAGACUAAUUUAGUAAACACUUCCAUAAAGAAGAAAACAUGAAACAACGGGAAGACAUCACUACUAAUUCUUCUUAUAUGCUGUAAGCUAAGAACAGAAAUCUCCUGAUAAAUUUUAUUUUAGGGUUCUGCCUCAGAAGAAAACAUAGUUGCGUACCUCCAGCUCUGCGACCAGACCAGAUUCUUGGGGCUUUCUCCAGGCAGGUCCUGAAAAACCCUGAGGAGGGAGCCUGCGUGGCCUCUCUGGGCAAAGGAUUCUCUGUCUGCCUGAACUCAUGAGGAAUUUUAUUUUAUUUUUUUUCACAUUUUAAGUCAGUACCUCCACUGUUUCAGUUUGUAACCACUGCUUGUUCUCCCACCUUGUACCUCAACAAAGAGGCUGGCUCCAUCUUCUCAGAGAGCUCUUCCUCCACGUAGAGAGGCUGCAACUGCGGCCCCCUCAGCCUUCCCCUCUCCAGGCCGAGCAAGCCCCGUUCCCUCACACUUUUCUCACAGCGACGUGCUCCAGCCCCUGACUAUCUUGGUGGCUCUCCACUGGGCUCACUCCAGUUGACCAACAGUUUUCUUGUACAGGGGGUGGACAAAACUUCAUGUAGCACUCUGUAUGCAGUAUAGUGAGGGGAAUAAUCCCUUCCCUACAUUUACUGGCCUUGUCCCCUUGCCACAGAGCCACCAACCACACCUCAUGAGUGCCAAACCAUGACCUCACUGGUGACAAAGCACCUCUCCCAUGCUUUGGAUGCAUCCUCUACCGGCCGUUUAAUGAACCUUCAGGAAGAACCUUCAGGAACUAGACCUUGGUCUGUAAUGCUCUCACUUGAAAUGCUCCGCCACUUCCAACACCCUCAGCAGGAGGAAAUGAAGAUGGAGCAUUGUGGGGACAGCACACCCCACCUCAUUACUCGAUCAGCUUUGGCAUGUAUGAGCAGCUCCCGCCAAAUGCUGUCAUGCGCAUAGGCUGGCACCUGGGGACCAGGGUGAAAGCCAGCCCUGCGCCUCUCACCCUCACACACUCCUCCCAAUCCUUUCUCCCCUGUGCCCAACAAGGUGAGCCUGACCCCCACUCCCCUCCUUCAGCCGCCCCACCAGGCCUAUUUCUCCACACGCCCGCUGCUUCAAUGGCAGAAGAACCUGCUACUCCUGCUAACGACCAAUGCCAACACCCUUGACAGAAGUCUGCAACACCUCAAAGUUCUCAUCUUCAAAUGCAUCUCCAUAAAUUGACCGUCCACCUUUUCCAUCAUGGUCAGUUAUGUCACCUCCCUGACACGCAAAGUCAGUAACUAUUCUGUUAAAUUUGGUGUUCUUCAGUCCAAAUACUUUCUUUCCUGUUCACAGGGCCCUGAAAGUUUCAGCUGUUCGAGGGACAAUAUUUGAAAACAGCUCCGUGGUUACAUGUCCUAAAGGUUUGUCAUCAGCAGAAACUUCAAAAUACACAAUGGGGUUGGUGUCCUUUGACAGUCCUGCUGGUAGAGGUCAUUGUCCCUUCUGCAGUUUUGAUAAACUUUGCUGGCUUUCUUCAAAUAUCUUCUUGAAAGAAUUAGCAAUUUCUUGACUUUUAAAUCUGACUGCAAUAUAUUCUACUUUUACUUCACCAUCUGCAUAAUCCAUGGCUGUCCAAAUUUAAGCACUAUUUGAUGUAUGAGAUGGUACUAAGUUAAUUUCUUUGGUGAUAACGUGGCUUGCACACACUUUAAGAACUUGGUCUCUUCUCAUUAAGACUCUAUAAUAUUUCUUCUGUGUAAGGAAGAGGAUCUUUAUAUCUCCAACACCACGCUCCUUCCACUACUGGCUCAGUGAUCUCGAUUCUGGCUCAAAUCUUUGAAAAUAAUUUCUUAAUCUUCUUCUCCAGAUUUUACCUUCACCUCUGGUAAGGACACAACUGGAUCAAAAUGGAUAUCAUCACUAUGCACCACUUCGUCAUCGCUACCACUUUCGUCUUCAUCUGCUUUACUGGUUUUCUGUGCUCCAAACACAGUUGCUCCAGUAUUCACGCAUUUGAAGUCUUUAUCUUUUGAGCCAAAAGCAAAGUCUCCAGAGUUUUUGGAAGCCAGAUCAGCAAAUGACAAGUCUGAACUACUGCCAAAACCAAAUGAGAUGAUUUUGUUUUCUUGUCUUGACUCUGAACACUCUGAAUCACUUUCUUUUUUUAUUUGUCAAGUCUACAGGUUUGUCAUCAGCUAGUGAUAAAGUCUGCAAUAUGUGAACAGGGUCUGUGGUGGAAUCUGGUUCUUCACUGCUAGCAGGUGACUGCACGUACAUGUAUGCUGUCAUCUCAUCAGCUGAUGGACUGGGUACUUCUUCCUUACUGGCACAGACUGAAUCAGUUGAGCUGGUAACCUCAUCCUCUUUGGUGUUUUGAAUUUUAACUUCUCUCUUUGGAGGCCUGGGAUGCUUCUCUGGCAGAAGAGCCUGCUACCGCUGCUAAGGACCCACAUCAACACCCUCGACAGCAGCUAACAAUGCCUUGCAAGCCACUUCACGGACUGAGCUCAUCAUGCUCCGAGAUCAGACCAUGCGCUGAUCUCCAUGCUCCGGGAAUAUCUUCUGCACAAAAUACAUAGCUGCUGAUGGUCACUAUGCUUGCACUUCUGCCCAGGGCCCUUCUGUUUGUGCUCCUUCCUUUUCAUGAGUCUUCUUCAAUAAAGUUCUAAUGCAUGCCAGCCUGACACUC